GCGCUACGUCAUAUUUAUGCGACGUGUUAGCAAGCAAGCAGCUGGCCAACAACAAACUCCAAUGAUGGCGACUUCGAAAAAGGGGAAAAAGGUGGUGAAUCAAGAGGAACUCCGGCGGUUGAUGAGGGAGAAACAAAGACAAACGGCCGAUAAGAAGCGCGUGGAGUCUCCCUUCGCUAAAUACAACAGCCUGGGACACCUCAACUGCACGCUGUGCAGUGUGCAGGUGAAGUCCGAUCUACUGUGGCCGGCGCAUGUCCUCGGAAAACAACACAAGGAAAAAGUUGCAGAGCUAAAAGGAGUAAAACCGACCCCACCGCCGAGUCAAACACCGAAAAGAAAAGCAUCAGACACCGAAGCAGUUACUGUGAAGAAGCUGAAGCCAGCUGCAGGUCAGUCCACAUCCGAUACUUCUGAGAAAUCCAGCACGUCCACUCAACCAUCUGCAGGUCUGAGUCUGUUAGCUGGUGUUUAUGACGACGACGACGCCAACGAGGAGGAUGAAGCACCCGCUCAGGGGGCGGAUGGAGGCCUCCCAGCGGACUUCUUUGACAGCUCCAUCCCCUCCACACCCGCCAUCUCUCACUCCGGAUCCGUCCUGAAAGCCGAAACGCCAGAAAAGCCCGCCGAGAAGAAGGAAAACACCGGCGAGGUGCUGCCCGAGGGCUUCUUCGACGACCCGGUCACGGACGCUAAAGUGCGCAACGUGGACGCUCCGAAGGAUCACAUGGACAAAGAGUGGGAGGAAUUCCAGAAGGAAAUUCGCCAGGUGAACACCAAAUCCGAGGCCAUCGUUGCGGAGGACGAUGAGGAGGGGCGUCUGGAGCGCCAGAUCGACGAGAUCGACGAACAAAUCGAGUGUUACAAAAGAGUGGAACUGCUGAGGGACAAGAGGGAUGCAGUGAAGAGCAAAGUGAUGCCCCAAAAAGACAAACGGAGAGAAACACAGGAAGAGGUUGAAGAUGAGGAUGAUGAAGAGGAGUUGCUGGGACUUUUGACCCAGGACUGGAGGGCCAAAGGGGCCCUUGCUUGAGUUUUGUAAAUAUUUUGUACAAAAAUACUGAGAUUUAUUUCUAACUUUCCCAUCUUUGUCCGUUCAAU